AUGACCAAGGAAAUUACCAUUAGAGACAGUGAAGGUCGUAAGAUUACUCAAUACGUGGAGUAUGAAUGGCGACCAAUGUUCUGUGAGAAGUGCAAAAAGCUUGGCCAUCAGUGUAAAGAACCGGUCAAAGUGAUUGAAAAGAAGUGGAUGCCCAAACCAACAAAACCUGAAAUAGUUCACGAGGGUACCUCCACUAUGCCCAAAGAAAGUGCACAAGAAGCUACUAUCACACCACAGAAAAUAGAUGGUAGUUAUGCUGAGGAAGGUAAUGAUGAUACUUGGAUCAAGGUGGCCACUAAUCGUGAAAGAGGUAAAACUAUCUACACUGCACCUUCUAAUAGGGUGGACUGUCUGAAUGGAUUUGAAGCACUAGGAAUUUUGAAUGAUUCUCUAGUGUCUGAUGUUGAUCCAUUGCAAGAUGAACAGGGCAGUUUCAUGUAUUACCUUACUGCAGUGUAUGCACAUAACCAUUUGGCUCAGAGGAGGAUUCUUUGGAAGAAUAUAGAGCAUAUCUUUAUUACCAUCCAGGGACCUUGGUGCAUACUUGGUGAUUUUAAUAAUGUGAUGAAUGCCCAGGAUAGGAUGGGAGGAAGGAUGGUUAGUGAAGCUGAGUAUAAAGAUCUUCAUGAGAUGUUGACUCACACAGGUCUUAGUGAAAUGCAUAGCAGUGGGGAUCAUUUUACUUGGAGCAAUAAACAUGCUUCUGAGCCAAUCUACUCCAGAAUUGACAGAAUGCUUGGUAACACUGCCUGGUUCCAGUCCACUAGUGACAAGAUUCUGAAAUGUUUGCCUCCCAAUGUAUCUGACCAUGCCUUACUGUGCUUUAUGAAUAACACUAAGAGAAAGUGCAAGAGUAGAAGAUUUAAAUUCUACAAUUGUAUCACUGAUCUUGUUGGUUUUCAGGAUGUGGUGAAGCAGAGUUGGAAUGUACCUAUUUUAGGAACAGCAAUGUACAUUCUAUGGAAUAAGCUCCAAAGGCUGAAACCUGUUUUGACUCAGUUUAGUAGCAACAUUUCCAAUAUGAGUCUCCAGCUGAGGAAUGCUAGAACUGAGCUUAAUGAGGCCCAAAAUGACCUGAAUCAGAACAGAAUGGAUCCUGUAGGCAUUUUGAAGGUUAAAGAACUGACUGAAAAGGUUAUCCAGCUGAAUUCCUUUGAAGAUAGUAUGCUUAGGCAAAAAUCUAAGAUUGAAUGGUUGACUAAAGGAGAUAGUAAAUCUGCCUAUUAA